AUGUUAGGUUCGAACAAAUGGAUACUAUUCACUAUAGUUGGUGGAAUUCUCAUAUCAAUUCACAUCGAUGCAAUUGAAUCGCCGACAAAAGCACUCAUUGAUCCCCAAGUUCUGUCGUUUACAAACAAAAAACUAGGAGUUACCAUAGAGAAUCUUCAAGUUGUUCCAAAAUCUAGUCGACGACAGUUACGUAACUUAGUUCCACCAUAUCAAGAGUUUUCCAACAUAGAUGGAAUCCAAUUUAUCGAUAAUCGUUCAAGAAACAGUAAAAAUCUGCCCGGAACUUUCGGCACAUUUCGUUUUGAAAACUUGAAUCAUCGUUCAUCAUCACCAUCACCAUUUCGACGAAGAUCAGACGAAUAUGACGACUCAAUCGGAACAUAUCCUGCUGCACAACUUGCACUUGAUACUAAUUACGACUUUGAUUAUAUGAAUGAAGACAAUGGAAGUUUAGCACUGAUUCCCAGUGACAAUGGCUACAAGAAAUUUCAAAAUAAGAUCAUUCCAUUAACAUUACUACAACCGACGAAACUUCAAAACGAAGAAAGCACCGAAGGUCAACAACAAGCGACAGUCGAAUUGAAUGAGUCAAAUGAAAGUGAAGCGGAAGCGAAAGAAAGUGAUGAAAGGUCAAGCAAACAAUUGGAGGAGGGGAGUGGUGUGGGUCAGAUUCGCUUUCCUGAUUCAUCAUCAACAAUCGCAGCUCAUGCUGAAGCUUUAACUGCACGACGAUCCGGAAUUCAUUUCGCUGAAAAUGAAAGUGAAAUCAAGCCACAAAAUUACAAUCCUUUCAUUCCACAAAGUUAUAGCGAAGAGUCUUUGAAUUUUGGCGAUGCCAUUCCACAAUUUCAGCGACCAUUUAACAAUGAGGAUGUUGUUGAAAAUGAGAACGACAGAUCUGCGGUUGGAAAUCGAUAUUAUCGACCAUAUAUUCAACCAUUUAGAGACGAGGUGACGAAGUUUGGUGAUAUAAAUGGUCCGGUCACUGCUUUUAAUCGCCCUAUUAGAGAAUUGCUUAACUUCCCAAGAUCACAAUUUGAACCAACCGGAUAUUUUGAGCAAUCGACUGAUAAUGUUCGACCGCCACGUCAUUUCUUUCCACCAAAGGUUUUCACGGAAUACGCGCCAGAUUACACACCACCAGUCAGUUCCAAGUUCUAUCAGCCAACUUACUCUUGGAAGACUCGACAGCCAAGAGUCGUCUUUCCAGCAGGAGAUUUCACUCAAGGCACCGCCGGAACUACUUACGUAGGAAACGAAAAUGUUGUAUUCAGGGAUCAAAACUUUGGAAUUAACGACUUGGCAGCUGUUCAAGACGUUCGAAAUGAUUUUACUCAACAAGAUAUUGAAGAAUCGACGGUGAUCAAAGAUAAAGCUGGUGUCGACUUCAUUCGAACACCGCGUUCAGAAAUGGAAUGUCAACAUGAGGGUGGGACGUGUGAGUUUUUUGUAAUGUGUUGGAUGUCAGGCGGUUUAUUACAAGGAACAUGUAAUGGCUUGAUGCAGGGUUGUUGUCAUAGAACAGCAAAAUCAUCAAAUUUAGGCGCUGAAGCAGGAAAAACCUUUGUCUUAACAGAUCUUCCGAAUAAAGAUUAUGGACCGGUCGUUAAUGAUGCUAGCUGUGGAAUUUCGUUAGCAAAGCAAACAGCACAACGACGGAUUGUAGGUGGAGAUGAUGCCGGUUUUGGAUCUUUUCCUUGGCAAGCUUAUAUACGUAUUGGAUCAUCUAGAUGUGGUGGUUCCUUAGUGUCUCGUCGUCACGUAGUAACAGCUGGGCAUUGUGUUGCUCGUGCCACUCCUAGACAAGUUCAUGUGACUUUAGGUGAUUACGUCAUAAACUCAGCCGUAGAGCCUUUGCCCGCCUACACCUUUGGUGUAAGACAAAUCAAUGUUCAUCCUUAUUUUAAAUUCACACCGCAAGCAGACCGGUUUGAUGUUGCUGUUUUACAGCUUGAACGUCCUGUGCAUUUUAUGCCACACAUUGCACCAAUUUGCUUACCUGAGAAGAAUGAAGAUUUUCUUGGGAAGUUUGGAUGGGCAGCAGGGUGGGGAGCAUUAAAUCCUGGCUCAAGACUAAGACCGAAGACACUUCAAGCUGUUGAUGUGCCAGUAAUCGAGAAUAGAGUGUGUGAGCGGUGGCAUCGAGCAAAUGGAAUCAAUGUUGUCAUAUAUCCGGAGAUGCUUUGUGCAGGAUAUAGAAACGGUAUUCGAAUGAAUUUAGAUAGGACGAGAUUCAUGUCAAUUAAGGCGACUCAGGAGGUAUCAAUCAAUUCAACUGUCAAUAAAGAUUUUACUCUUUUCUCGUCAGUGAUUGUUGGAAAGUCUCAUUCAUCUGACUGCCCGCCGCGACAAUGUCGCUUAGCGAUACUGUGUUGGAUGGAUGGUGGGAAAAGUCGGGAUGGAUGUGGAUAUAAUCCGUGGUUGUAUUCAUGCUGCAUGCAAAACACACAAACAACAGUUAAGAAACGGAAUUCAAAUCAACAACUCAGACGACACGACGAGUUACAGAAAACUUUCUCAAGACGUCGUUAUGAUACAACUGAUAACUUACUUACAACAUCAAAUUGUGGAAUUCCAAGAACUCCUAGUAAUUUACUUCAAAGAAGAAUAAUUGGCGGUAGACCAGCACAAUUUGCUGAAUUUCCAUGGCAGUCACACAUCAGAAUCAAGGAGUAUCAAUGUGGUGGCGCUCUCGUGUCGAGAAAAUUUGUUGUCACAGCGGGACAUUGCGUAUCUCGAGCUAAGCUACGUGAAAUUGUGAUAUAUUUAGGUGAACUUGACACUCAAAAUUCUGGAUUGAUUUAUGAGCCACUUCCAGCUGAAAAGCAUUCGGUUGUUCAAAAAUUUGUGCAUCCACAAUUUAGAUUUAGAUUAACACAACCAGAUCGUUUUGACAUAGCAGCAUUAAAGCUUCGAAAGCCUGCAGGAUAUAAAACACAUAUUCUGCCAAUCUGUUUACCUUCGCUACCUUUGGAUAUUGUGGGUAAAAGCGGCUACAUUGCAGGCUGGGGUAAAAUAACUCAGGAACAUGGACAUACUGGAACUAACAUAUUGAGAACAGCUUCAGUGCCAAUUAUAUCUAAAAAUGAAUGCAUCAGAUGGCAUCAGAAGAAAAAUAUUCACGUCGAGCUCUACGAUGAAAUGAUUUGUGCUGGAUAUAAAAAUAAAACUGUUGAUGCUUGCUUAGGUGACAGUGGUGGUCCAUUAUCAAUACUUGACAAUGGACGAUAUUAUUUGUUGGGUAUCACAAGUGCUGGCUUUGAUUGCGCUCGUCCACUUCAACCAGGAAUUUAUCACAAUAUGAAAAGAAAAGUUCGUUAUUGUAUCAUUGCUUGGGUAGUUAUAGCAUUGGUAGCUGCUAUAACAGCUGUGAGUGUGUGGUUAAUACUCCUUGCUCCAUAUGAUGUGAAACGAGCGACAAUUCGAUUUGAGAACUCAGAAUUAGAGUUUCGAGUGAAUUGGCGAAGAUAUGACUACAGAUGUUGGGGAUCUUUUUACAAAUCUAACUUACUGGUUGGAGAACUUGUUGAGCUCGGAAAUUAUUAUUCAAUAGAGAAAAGAGAUGACAGAAUUUUGCUUGAGUCAGGGUCUGGACCACGAACAUGGCUUUGGAAAGAUGAAGAUAUUGAAGGAACCAGUUCUGUAUUCAUUGAUGCUUUGGGACAAAUUGAUAUAAGAAUAAGAUUAGAUACUGCUGGAAAGAAUUGGUACGCCGGGCCACAAGACGAUAAUCAGCUUUAUCCGGUGCAAAGGAUAAACUUCGAAAAUCUUCCCUUUGUGACAACUAACAGAAGACAUAUUAUGGAACGAUAUUGGAUAAACAACGAUGGAUAUUUUGUGUUGAAUGACUAUUCAUCACCAAUUUUUGUUAAUCAUAUGAAUGAAUUAACUUUUAGAGCUAACAAUGCGCCACCAUUUCCAUCAAAUGAUGAAUAUCCGACACAAAAGCUUCGAUUAGGAAUGGGCAGCGACAUUAAAACUGCCCAUUUGAAUGUGAUUAAUCGAUUGCUUGGGAAGCCUAAUGAGAAACCAAACAUGGAAAUGGCUCGACAUCUUACAUGGAAUCCUAGUAUAAGAUUUCAAGAAGAAAUUGACAUUACUGUAAUGAUGCCUUACUUUAACGAUAUUUUGAACAACGGCUUCCGAGAUGGUGUCAUUGAUUUUGAUGGAAAUUGGGAGAUUUGUGAAGGUUCUUUGAUCGUCGAUAGUGCAAGAUUUCCUGACGUAAGAGAAUUCAUUGAUUACAUUAAAGCAAACGGCUUUAAAGUGAGAUUCAGAGUUCAUCCAUUCGUCAACUCUCAAUGCGAUAUUUUUUCUGACGCUUUCGAAAAUAACUUUUUUGUUUCUUCGGAAUUAAAUGCUGAUAACAAUGAACUUUAUCACAUAGAUUUCACUAACCCAGAAGCUUUCGAAUGGUUUAAAAAACGAUUGGAGGGUCUUCAAAAUGAUUUAUCAAUUGACAGCUUUAAAUUUGAUGGUGGUGAAUCAAAUUUGAUGCCAAACGAGCCGAUUAUUUAUGGCAAUAUUACAUUAUCACCAAAUUUAAUAACAAGAAGAUAUGUUGAACUUGCUGCGAACUUUGGGGGUCUGGCAAAUGUGGUGACGGGCUGGGGAACACAAAAUUUUCCCUUAUGGAUUCGAAUGUCUGAAUUUGAUUCAAAUUGGGGCAGCAAUAAUGGGAUUAAAAGUUUGAUUCCACGACUUCUUCAACUGAAUAUGAAUGGAUAUGUCUUUGUUUUAUCAGAUUUUAUUGGUGGAAAUAGUAAACAGCAAAUUUCAAGCGAACUUUACCUUCGAUGGUUACAAACUUCCGCUUUUAUGCCAGGCAUACAGUCAUCUUAUGGCCCGUGGGAUUUUGGAAGCCCCGAAGUAAUCGCAGCUGCAAACAAGACUCUUGGAAUUCGUGAAAAGCAUUUCGAUUUGAUAGAAUCAAUAAUUGAGUCAUCGGUUCAAAACGGAGAACCAAUUAAUCGUCCGUUAUGGUGGAUUGAUCCUAACGAUUUAGUUGCACAAACUAUCGAUGAUCAAUAUUUACUCGGUGAUAAAAUUCUUGUCGCUCCCGUACUUGAAGAAAAUGCACGAAAACGUGACGUUUAUUUACCAGCUGGUCGAUGGGAAGAUGGAAAUACUGAAUUUAUAUAUACUGGACCUGAAUGGCUAGAAGAAUAUUUUGCUCAACUUGAUGAUCUUCCGUACUUUAUCAGAAGAGAUUAAUGUCAAUAUUAAUGUGAAUGUAAACGAGUCGAAAUAGUGAAAAGCAAACGAAAUAUUAAAAAAAAGAUUUUUAUUAAAACAAUCUCUGUAUGAAAAAAAUUAAUAAAGUUUCGCGUGAGUAUUGCUUCUUAAUCUUAUCAAACUGAUAAAAAUUGUCUAGAGAUAAGAUAGCAGGAAGGAAAUUUCACAAGUUUUCAAAAACUUUGCUAGUUUUUUGUUUACAAUGAUGAAAGAAGUUUGUUGAAAUUAAAUAAAAUUUAGUUUUCUAGAAUGUACAGAAGUAAAGUUUUAAUUAUUUUAAUUUCAUUAACAAAUUUCACACUUGUUAAAUCUAGAAAUGAAUUGAAAGAUAAGUUAAGCUUAGAAAAUUCACAAAUUACGUGACCAAAAAUGAAGUUUUAUCCCAAAAUUUUUAUAUCAAAUAUUCAAUAACGAAAAUAUAUAAAAAAUUCAUGAAAUUUUCGGGCA